AUGUCGAUAAACCACUACUCCAUGGACCUUCCCGAAACAACACUAUGGUGGCCCCAACAACAACAACCCAUCUUAAUGGAACCAACCCCAAACCCCUCCUCCACUUCCUGGCCCUCUGCGGACCCUCUCCGUCUCAAUCUCAACCACCAAAACGACGACUUAGAAGAAGACGAGGAAGAGGAAGAAGAAGACCAAACGACAACCACUGGACAGGAGCAAGAAACCGAAGACGAGAAGGAACCCAUGUUCGAGAAGCCUCUAACUCCCAGCGACGUUGGGAAACUCAACCGCCUCGUAAUCCCGAAGCAGCACGCCGAGAAGUACUUCCCGCUCAGCGGUGGCGGUUACUCGGCCGAGUGCAAGGGGCUUCUACUGAGUUUCGAGGACGAGUCCGGGAAGUGCUGGCGGUUCCGCUACUCUUACUGGAACAGCAGCCAGAGCUACGUUCUCACCAAGGGGUGGAGCCGCUACGUCAAGGACAAGCGCCUCGAUGCAGGCGACGUCGUUUUGUUCGAGCGCCACCGCGCCGAUUCCCACCGCCUCUUCAUCGGAUGGAGGCGCCGGCGACAAAGCGACACCCCGCCGGCGCACGUUAGCGGGAGGGCGGUGGGGCACGGGAAGAGUGGCGAUGGAAAUAGUAAGAAUGAGGGUGCUGCUACCAGUGGUGGUGGUGGUGGUGGUGUGGUGUGGACCAGAGGGCUCUAUUCUGCGCAUCCUUAUCCUACGCAUCAUCCUCAUCAGCCCUUGCCAUACCAACAUGCAGGACAAGAAGAUUUAAAUAAUUACAUUCUUGUGGAAGUGCGUGAAGUUUACCUUCCAAUUAAGUGGGAGAAAUGUGGUGUGUUAUAUGGGGAAUUGCGAGGAGGCGAAUACUUUGUUUAA